CGCCUCUCAUAAAUCUCCACUUCCCGCUUUUAUAGAAACCCUAAUACUCUCUCUCUCUCUCUCUCUCUCUGUGUAAACACUCAUACAUCGACGUAUACACAAACACGCAUAUAUAGAAAUCAAUCCGAGGUCCGAGCUUGAACAACGUUAGCAAUGGAGGUUUCAGUGGCGCAAAAGCAAAAACAGAUAGACUUCGAAUUAGCCUCCGUAUCGGAGCUCUCUUCGUCUUCUUCGACGCUUCCUCCUUCGCCAGUCGUAGCUCGUUUCGGCUUCGAUUCGGGAGCAUCGGUGCUUCGCUUUCACCGUGAUUCCGAAUCAAACGAGGCCUUCAACAUUGAUCUUCGAUCAGCUCAGCUUUUCAGAUUGAGCCCUGUUGAAACUAUAUGCAUAUGUGGAACUUCUGAAACCAACACAGAGAAAUCCUAUUCAAGGGGAAUCACAAUUCAGUUUAGAAAGGAGGAGGAAAGUAGGGCCUUCCAUUCUGCAUUUGACCAAUGGAAGAAGGAAUUGGUUCUUGAAGAAUCAUGUCUACCAAAUGGGAUAUUAUCAGCGUCUAAAAGCAAGUUUGAUGAUAAGAUAGAGGCAUCUUCUGCGAAAAUGUAUUUCCAUUACUAUGGACAAUUGCUUCAUCAGCAAAAUAUGCUACAGGAUUAUGUGAGAACAGGUACCUAUUAUGCUGCAGUCAUUGAGAACCGUGCAGAUUUUGCUGGUCGUGUGGUUGUGGAUGUUGGUGCUGGUAGCGGUAUUCUGUCAUUAUUUGCUGCCCAGGCUGGUGCUAAGCAUGUUUAUGCUGUGGAAGCAUCUGAAAUGGCAGAAUAUGCCCGCAAACUUAUUGCUGGGAAUUCAUCAUUGGGGCAACGAAUAACAGUAGUCAAGGGUAAAGUUGAAGAAGUUGAAUUGCCUGAGAAAGCCGAUAUUCUGAUCUCUGAACCCAUGGGGACUUUAUUAGUCAAUGAAAGGAUGCUUGAGACCUACGUAAUUGCAAGGGAUCGGUUCCUUGUUCCUGAUGGAAAGAUGUUUCCUACGAUUGGAAGAAUACAUAUGGCACCAUUCAGUGAUGAAUAUCUGUUUGUUGAAAUGGCAAACAAGGCCCUCUUUUGGCAGCAACAGAAUUAUUAUGGAGUUGAUCUAACACCCUUAUAUGGAUCUGCAUUCAAGGGUUACUUUUCACAGCCUGUAGUGGAUGCUUUUGAUCCUAGGGUAUUGGUGGCUCCUGCAAUAUCUCAUGUUAUAAACUUCACUUCUAUAAAGGAAGAGGACUUAUAUGAAAUUGAUGUUCCAUUGAAAUUCAAAGCCGCCGUGGGUGGUAGAGUUCAUGGGCUGGCGUGCUGGUUUGAUGUUUUGUUUAAUGGGAGCACUGUACAAAGAUGGCUGACAACAGCUCCUGGUGCACCUACAACCCACUGGUAUCAACUGCGUUGUGUUCUCCCACAGCCACUUUACGUCAUGCAAGGUCAAGAAAUUACAGGCCGACUUCACAUGAUCGCACACCAUGCACAGAGUUAUACUCUGUAUCUAACAUUGUCAGCUAAAAUGUGGGGCCCUGGUGCUGAACAAGGUGGAAUACUUCAGGCUUCGUCCUGCAAAUUUGAUCUCAAAGAACCCUAUUACCGAAUGUCUCAACCCCAAGCCUAUCCAGUGGCUCAAGAUCAGCCAACUCAUCAUCUAGUAAAUACACAGGAUAUACAAACACAAUCCCUGGAUGAAGAAGUAUCUGAAUUUCUGCAACAACCGCCCCAAAAGUCGGAUGCUGGACUCAAUUGAGUCAACCGGGGAAAUGCCCCGGAUCGGUAGUGCAGGGGCUCCCAUGUUUUUAAAGGGUUACCCUAAGAGCAGGAAAUUUGCAUGAAAAACCUUGUCUUAAUCAACCUUUUCUCCCACCACUACUCGUCCAUGUAGAUUAGAUCGGAAUGAUCAAAGCAUUCUUGUUGCGAAGCUAGCGAUCUUGUAGAGUAUUCUAAGGUUCAAAUAAUCAAAUGUGGGUUUCUUUGAUUAUGAUUUCUAA